GUUUGUUUGUUUGUUUGUUUUUUCAGGGAGUAGGAAAAACAAUAUGAUAUUUAAAAAAAUAAGACAGAUAUCAUUGGAAGACAGGUAAAUGAACAGACUGGUUAGAUGAGUCAGGCAUAACAAUAGAAAUUCUGAAUAAGGGGUUUAGGACUUACUAUAAGAGGGAAAUGUGUGAGUGGUUUAUUGAUUUGUUUUGCGUGACACUAUGUCUGUAUUGUUGUAGGUGUGUAGCUGAUUGUGAGUUGUGACCACAAUAAAAAAGAAUAAAUGAAAGAAAAUGGACAAUUACACUAUAGGCUUUCCAUACUGUAUAUAUUGAUUUAAUAUAAAUGAAGAAAAACGUCUCUUGAAACUAGAAUAGAACACAUUAUUAUAGCCCAGUUGAAGAAAAGUAUCCUCCAUUUACCAUUAGAUUUGACCCAGCCCCUUCCUUUGGCGACACUUCCUGGUUUCAGUACUCCUCCGCAGACUGCACUGAGAGUGGUUUUCCGGUCCUUGUUCUUCGACAGAAUGUAUCUUUUAAUGUGUCUGGCCGCCUUAUUAAUGCCUUUCUGUAUAAGCACACUAGAAUAUUCUCAGAGAAACGCUUCCUGCAAUGACAUUAAAACUCCCAAUGGCUUCAAGUUCUCUCACGAGUGCUCUGUUGGAGUUGAGAUAUCCGCAUAUUAUGAUGAGACUGUGAUCGCUACCACCGUGCGUGGCAAAGAAUCUAAACAUUUGCCUGAGGUGAUAAGUAUGGACAACUGUUCAAUCAUUACAAAAGCCUGCAGAGACCUGCAAGUAAAAUGCAUUGUUUCUGAUGCUCACAAUGUAAGAGAGACCUGGGUGAAUUUUAAAAUUACUGAGGAAAUGAAGCAUCCUGAUCCCGAUUUACCAACACCACAGAGCCUCAUCAGCAGCGUAUCAUUUAUUGUGAUCGUCAUCGUGAGCAUUUUGAUCAGUGGGGUGUUUAUUUGCAUUUACAUUUCUUGGAAAAAGAAAACCGAGAGGCAGCACAGAGCAGCUACAGUCCCUGGGUUUUGUAGAUACCUAGUGAAUUGCUGUGGUCUCAGAGAGGGGAUUUCCAGGGCAGAGAGAGUGGAGACUGGAGAAACUAGUAUUGAUCCUGGGACUGAUGGCAAGACUGCUCAUUCCCAUAGUCUGGACCGCAACUCGUGCAAAGGCGGCAUCCUACUGACCGAGAAUCAACAAGACAUGAACAGGAACUUGAGGGAUGAUCCAGGAGGAGUGAAUCACAACAGAGGGACAGACAUUAUGACGAUGACGGAAAUGCACAAUGGUUACAGUCUUGGUGAUCGUGGUCUUGAAGAUCAUGAGACAGAAGGACAACUGCUUCUGUCGAACCAACGAGCUAACAUCCAAGGUUCUGACAUGAGAGGUGAAGCCGCAGCUUUGGUGAACAAGUGCGGCUUUGACCUAGGCCAGGUCAGCAGUUACUGUGAUGCACCAGACACUGACGUGGAGUCAAUGCCCAAGAUGAAGAACUGUAGUAUACCUAAAUACUGAUAAAUAAUAAUAAUAACGAUAAUAAUAAUGAUAAUGAUGAUAAUAAUAAUGAUAAUAAUAAUAAUAAUGAUGAUGAUGAUGAUGAUGAUGAUCUCCUAUAUUAUAUAUACACAACAUUAAGUAUUCUCACAGUCAGGGUAUCGGUACAUUUACUGGCAACUCUUUUUAGAUCAAGUCAAGCACUUCUGUUUUAAUAAUUUUCAUCUCACAGCGCUUUUCUGUGUUGAUGAGCAUGCUGUCUUUUCUCAAAAUGUUAGGAGAUAUAUGUUUUACAAGCAUGAUGGGCAGAAUUUUAUGUGAUUACAACAUAAAUUAUUCUAAAAUAAAUUAUUCAUAAGUUUUUCUUUGAAGAAAAAAUUUGACAGUAGCAUUGUUUAUGUGCUUCUUUCAGCCCAUUCAUUGAUGUAUGAUCAAUCAAUAAAACAGAUUAGAUAAAGUAUUAAUCUGGUUCAUUAGAUUUAGAUUGACAUUAGCUAUUACAUUUUGUCAUCAUUACAUGAGAUAAUAAUUACAUUACCCGACAGUAAUCACAGUAUAGCUUGAUCGAUGAAAUGGGAGACACUGGUCUCAUUAAAAAAAAAAUAAGACAAUGGCAGCUUUGUUACUGAGAAUAAUAAAUUCUUGACUUGAUGAAAGGAUGGGUGGACCAUAAAUAUGUCAGAAAAUGUACCCCAUACGCAGCUGUGAGACAACUUAAUAUUAAUACACCUAUAUAGCAGAUAUGGUAUAAUGUAUGGUAUUUGUUUUUUAAGCAAGCCUGCCUUUACUCCAUUAUUGCUGCAUAAUCUAGCAACAUAUGUUUUCUUAUCACCUGGUUCACAACACCCUUUUUUUGCUAACUAAAAUGUUAUUCUUUAUGAGUCACAGUGCUUGUUAUUUUUUUUAUGCUUGCAUAUUAUGUGAUUCGGUUUUUCUUUUUCUUUAUUGCUUAUAUGUGCUCAGUUGCGUUGGUUGCCUGUUCAUUUUUACACUGGGCUCUAAAACUAUUGAAGGCAACACAGCACCUGGAAUAUCAACUUCAUACCACAUGGGGGCAAUAAUUAGUCACGAGUCAUACAAACUGAGGUACAUAGGCAACAUCAUUACACCUCUUAUUUUUGUUGAGUAAUGCGAAUGCAAUUAAUACAUAUUUAUUCCAGACUUCAAUAGCUUCAGAAUUCCUAAGUGUACUAACACCUACAAAAUGUAUAUCCUAUUUUUGCAUGCUGUAUUUUUAUAAUCACAUAUUGUGUGUGGAGCUAAAAAUGCUUUGGUUUC